UCCGGAACUUGAAACAUUUUGCGGGAAGCUGUUUCAGGUCGAGAGACGGAGUGUUUACAAAACAGACUUGUUAUUAAAACUGUAGUUUUCCCCAAUGAGUGCCAAGAAGGGCAAAGGAGCCAAGGUGCACACAGCACCACCAGAUGGGGGUGAAAAAGCAUCAUCUUUUGAUCACAUGGAUUCUCCCAACCUGUCUGUUAUAGACAGAGCUAGCUUCCUGGAAGGACUGCAGCUAAAUUAUGGUAACCCUCUGCACAGUACCGCCAUGGAGGAAGAUUUAGAUGUCUUGGAGGAGGGAAGAAAGGACAUUCCUCAGAUGUUGAAGACCGGUGCUAAACAGCGUGGAGCUGCGGUGAAGAGGAAGGGGACAGAGACGAAUGAAGAGAAUGUAAAAGAAGAGAAGAAGAAGAAGAGGAGUAGGAGAAGUUCUGGAGAGAAGGUCAAAGCCAGACACAAGAAGGUAGGAGAAAGGAAGGAAAAGAACAGAGAACCUGAGGGGGAAAGAGCAGAGUCAGACGGUAGUGCCAUUCCCCAAACAAGCAAUCAGCCAAACCCAAAAGCCCACCGGACACUCAAUAAGUUGGUUGGGAAGAAACCUGCGAAGGGGAGGAGUGUUGGGAAGACAUCUGCAGCAAGGCCAUUGAAAAGUCAGCAAAUGAAGAAGGACACAAAAAGAGCGAGUGAAUCAGGUAGUGAAAAGUCCAGUGACCCUCAGUCACAGGAGGAGUCUGACACUGUCACUGCUCACCACAGCCGUAGGAGAGUCCUGUCCUCUGAAGAGGAGGUGGACGAAGACAUGAGUUGGAAACCAAGUCCAGACAGGGCCAAAGUGUAUAGUUUUGGCAGAACCAGAAAGUCUUCGUCUGAUGGGUCCAAAUCCAGGAAGUCUUCAUCUGAUGGGUCCAAAUCCAGAAAGUCUUCAUCGGGCAGGGCAUCUUCAGAACCAGAACAGGCCAACGCCGAUAAGCAGAGGAAGAAGAGACAUGGUCGUCAGGGAGGGACAGAUUUAGAGGUGGUGCUGGAUACCUUCCUUGAAUUCUGUGACCAGUACAGGGAGUCCGUGGAGUCUAAAGCUGUCAAACAGUCCAUUGAUUCUUUCACCUCCAAUGUGAAAGAACAGCUUUUGGAAAAGAUCGCUUCGUACAAGGAGCUCAGGGUUCUAAAAAGAGAAAAUGCCAAGGUGGGUUCUUUGAUCCGUACAAAGACACAGAGACUGUUGGAUGCCAAGCAUGAGCUGAUGAGGGCAGAGAGACAGGUUUGGCUGCUACAGAAGGAGAAAGCUGAACUUAAACUCCGAUUAUCUGAUCUGAGACGAAGCCAUGCCUUCCUCCAUGACAUCGGAGAGCUCAACCAACAGUACCUGGACUAUCGACACAAACACCCCAAGGAGAAAGAGACGUAUGGGGCGUCCAGCUUACCAGCUCUGCUGUGGGAGACAAAGCAUGUUCAUGCGGCAGAGCAUCAGCUGAGAGGAAUCAAUAACCGAAUGGAAAAAAGACUGAAAGAGAAUGGGACUUAAUAAUGUGCUAUGGCAUAAAAGCACACACACACACACACACACACACACACACACACACACACACACACAAAUACACAAAUACACAAAAGUUAAAGUAUUGCAAAGCACAUAUAUCUAACAUAUUAUGAGUAAUUCUAAGGCUGCUGGAAAAUUUGUAAGGCCAGAGGCAGCUUGACAUUUUGCAUUUUAUUGUGCGUUAUGGCUCACAUUUCUGAUACUUUCACAUCAUGAGUGAGCAAAACAGAUCACUUCUGAUAAUAAUUGUAAGUUUAAUAAAUACUAGUAAUACAAG